UAUGGUUCCCUGUGCUAUACAGAAGAAACUUGUUGUUUAUCUAUUUUAUAUAUAGUAGUUAAUAUCUGCAAAUCUCAAACUCUCAAUUGUAUUUAUGAACAUCAAUCACUAGAGGGGCAAAGAAACUUGAAGACUGCCUUUGUAAAUGGGUACCUAAGAAGUGUUCUGAGGACUGGCUCAGACUUUAUUGUAAUACUUGGGCAAGACCCUCCUCCCAUCUGCACUUCCAUUUUUCCUUCCUCCACUGUUUGUCCUUCCAUGAAUAUCAGCUGAUAAACAUUGACUCACUGUAAAAGGUCUAAGCUAUCAUCAUGGAUGCGUUAUCUUGUCAGUUUCUCCAUUACAGCAUCAAACACUAACAUCUAUUCAGGACUUGAGAGUCAUGAAGGUCCUCAUCCUUGCAUGCCUGGUGGCUCUUGCUCUUGCAAGAGAGAAGGAAGAAUUCAAGACAGCCGGUGAGGCUUUGGAAAGCAUUUCAAGCAGUGAGGAAUCUAUUACACACAUCAACAAGCAGAAAAUUGAGAAGUUUAAAAUUGAGGAACAGCAGCAAACAGAGGAUGAACAGCAGGAUAAAAUCUACACCUUUCCCCAGCCCCAGUCUCUAGUCUAUUCUCACACUGAGCCCAUCCCUUACCCUAUCCUUCCACAAAACUUUCUGCCGCCUCUUCAGCCUGCUGUGAUGGUACCUUUUCUUCAGCCUAAAGUAAUGGAUGUCCCCAAAACUAAGGAGACCAUCAUUCCUAAGCGCAAAGAAAUGCCCUUGCUUCAGUCUCCAGUAGUGCCCUUUACUGAAAGCCAGAGCCUGACUCUCACUGAUCUCGAAAAUCUGCACCUUCCUCUGCCUCUGCUCCAGUCUUUGAUGUACCAGAUUCCCCAGCCUGUUCCUCAGACCCCCAUGAUUCCUCCUCAGUCCCUGCUGUCCCUUUCUCAGUUCAAAGUCCUGCCUGUUCCCCAGCAAAUGGUGCCCUACCCCCAGAGAGCCAUGCCUGUGCAAGCCGUUCUGCCCUUCCAGGAGCCUGUACCUGACCCCGUCCGGGGGCUCCACCCUGUGCCUCAACCACUUGUCCCUGUGAUUGCCUAAGAAGAUUUCAAAGUUAAUACCUCCUCCUCACUUUUGAAUUGACUGCGACUGGAAAUGUGGCAACUUUUCAAUCUUUGUAUCAUGUUACCAAAACGAUUUUUAAAUAACUCUCCAUGGAAAAAAAUGAAACUGUAGUCUUUUAUUUAUUUUAUGCUUUACAUGGCACUCAUCUUAAUUUGAAUUUGACUCAAAAUUUUAAUUCAACUAAUGCCAUAAAGUUCAAUGUUAAGUUGGAAAUACCAUAAGCUUAUCAAAAAUGUUUAUAAAAAUCAUUUAUGUAAUUUUGCUUAUUAUUAUUUCUUUAAGAAUCUAUUUCCAAACCAGUCACUUCAAUAAACUAAUCCUUUAGGCAU